AUGGCGUCUCUCCUCGGUCACAGAAAGUUUGCCCUUUCCUGUAUUCUGCUCUCCCUCAUCUUUGUGGAUCGUCUGCUGGCCUUCGCGGUCACAGGCGCUACCGGAGGUGUUGAUUCGACCACAGGAGCAAGACCUUUGCGAUAUGAAAUCGGCCAAUAUUCCGCAUCUGGGCCACCUUUCGAUCUGCUCAUUCUCUCUUUGAUCGCUUUCCAGAGCGCUAAUCAAUCAGAUCCGUUAUCGUAUUUCCAAAUCUCAGGUAUCCACGGCUUUCCUAGGAUCCCGUGGGAUGGAGUUGUAGGCACUGGCAGCUAUCCAGGCUUUUGCACCCAUGCUGCAACUCCAUUUCCAACAUGGCAUCGACCAUACAUGGCCUUGUUUGAGCAAGUGCUUUGGAUGCAUGCACAGGACAUCGCAGCCACUUUUCCUAGUGACCAACGCAGCGAGUACCAGAACGCAGCCCUCAGCUUACGCGUGCCCUAUUGGGAUUGGGCGAUCAAUCCAGCUUUGCCGGACGUGGUCACGCAGACGCAACUCUCAAUCAACACGCCGAACGGUCGAGCUACAGUCGACAAUCCGCUCUACAGCUAUGUUUUUCAGUCCGAUGCCGCUGGAAAUGGCUUCCCGUCCUCAGACCCCAUGGCGAACUUCGCAGAGACCGUUCGUUGGUGGAGUACAAGCGCUCAAGCAAGCAACCAGACCGCAGCGAAUGCAGCUUUGAUGGCGAACGCUCCCACGAUUUUGUCUCUCACGUAUCAGCUUUUCACCACCGUGACAAACUACACAUAUUUCUCGUGUACCUGGCCUGGCGGCCAAGGAGGUGUACCAAACAACAUUGAAGCCAUCCACAACAGCAUACACAACAGUGUUGGAGGCUAUGGACACAUGCAGUUUCCAGAAGUGGCCGGGUUUGAUCCUGUCUUCUGGUUGCAUCACGCUAAUGUGGAUCGCCUCUUUGCCAUGUGGCAAGCACUGUACCCUGACAGCUUUAUUGUUCCAACCGUCAAUGCAUACGGGUCGUACUACGAGGCCGUGGGAUUCGUUGACUCGGGAACAAGCGCUUUGGCACCGUUUCAUUCUGAUGACAGCGGCACCAUGUUCACCUCCGAAGCAGUCCGGUCCAUCAAGUCAUUCGGCUAUAGCUACCCCGAGUUGCCCGACUGGGAGAUGAGUUCUUCACAGCUCGCUGCUCAUGUACGAAGCGCGGUCAACUCUCUGUACAAUCCGAUUUCAAACACAACGGUGGCCCACCUGAGGCGCAACGUGCAGCACAGAUCUGCAAAUCUUGCGGAUUCCUUUGGGGGCGUGACACUUGACAUGGCCCGACAGAUGAAUGUCAAUAACCUAGAUCGGCAGUGGUCUAUCGCGGUGUCAGUCGAUCGCUUCGCCCUGGAAACAAGCUUCGCCAUCGACUUCUUCAUAGGUGACGCUCCAGGUGACGCUCCGGCAUGGGCCACAGCCAAGAACCUGAUAGGAACUUAUGCUCAGUUUAGUCCUGCCAAUGCAACAUUCCUUCAUCCAGAUGGAUACCCGGCAGGCCAGGUGCAUGGCGAGAUUUCCAUGACUCAUACGUUGGCAGCAGGUGUUCUUCGAGGCGUCAUUCGGGACCUUUCACCGCAGUCCGUCGUACCUUUGUUGCGUAAGGGACUAAUCUGGAAAGCGCGCACAGCCUCCGGACUGGAAGUGCCACUCAGUGAUCUUUCGGGGCUAUCAAUAUCGGUCUUCAGCAGACCCGUCGUCCCCACGACAUCAAGAGACCGGUUUCCCACGUAUGGCGCGGUUCAAUGGCAGGAAUCCGUCACUGCGGGCAAGACUUGUGGUGGGCGACAGCCUCGCGCCCCAGGAUGA